GGAUUCCGGGCGGGAGCACUUCCUGUUCAGCCCAGCCUUGUUGGCGGUGCGCGAGGGCGUCCCAGAGGCCGGAGACUGCGCAGCCCCAGGUCUUCCCAGCCGAGCUGCCAGACGCGAUUCGCGGGAUGGAGCCCCAGGGCUCGGCCAGGCUGAACUCCAGGAAGAGGAGGAAAGAGGGGGUCGGACCCAACGGGGCCACUGAAGCCGAUGGCAUCCCGACCAAGAUGCCCCGGAACUGUUUGGGUCUCCGGGAGCCAGCUCCAUUUUCUGAUGAGCUCGAAGUGGAUUACAGCAAGCCGUACGUCCGGGUCACGUAUGAGGAGGCCUUGAGAGGGACCCCACUGGACAGGCCGGUCAGGGUGUACGCCGAUGGGAUCUUUGAUCUUUUCCACUCUGGGCACGCCCGGGCCCUGAUGCAAGCCAAAAACCUCUUCCCAAACACCUACCUCAUUGUAGGAGUCUGCAGCGACGAGCUGACCCACAACUUGAAGGGCUUCACGGUGAUGAACGAGGCCGAGCGCUACGACGCCGUGCAGCACUGCCGCUACGUGGACGAGGUGGUGCGGAAUGCCCCGUGGACGCUCACGCCAGAGUUCCUGGCUGACCACAGGAUCGACUUCGUCGCCCACGACGACAUCCCGUACUCCUCUGCCGGGAGCGACGACGUCUAUAAGCACAUAAAGGAAGCAGGUAUGUUCGCCCCAACUCAGAGGACGGAAGGGAUCUCCACGUCGGAUAUCAUCACCCGCAUCGUCCGGGACUACGACGUCUAUGCGCGGCGGAACUUGCAGAGGGGUUAUACAGCCAAAGAGCUCAACGUCAGCUUCAUCAAUGAGAAGAAGUACCACUUGCAAGAGCGCGUCGAUAAGGUGAAGAAGAGAGUGAAGGAUGUGGAAGAGAAGUCCAAGGAGUUUGUCCAGAAGGUGGAGGAGAAGAGCAUCGACCUCAUCCAGAAGUGGGAGGAGAAGUCCCGCGAGUUCAUCGGCAACUUCCUGGAGAUGUUCGGCCCCGAAGGAGCGCUGAAACACAUGCUGAAGGAGGGCAAGGGCCGGAUGCUGCAGGCCAUCAGCCCCAAGCAGAGCCCCAGCAGCAGCCCCACGCACGACCGCUCCCCCUCCCCGUCCUUCCGCUGGCCCUUCACGGCCCGGACGCCGCCCGCCUCCCCCGCCAGCCUCUCCCGGACCAAGUCCAGCAUCACCUACGACAUCAGCGAGGACGAGGAGGACUGAGCAGGAGGGGGGGGGGGGCGUCGCAGAUGCAGAACGAGCGGUUUCCGACCUCCAGAGGGUGAAGAAAACCAACAGGGGGAUUGCCCGGAAGCCGUUACCAAGAGGCCGGGUCUUCUGCGGGGCCGCCCUCGAGGAGACCCUGUUUCUCAGAAUACAGGGGGAACGGGACGCAGCCAUUUCCCCUUCCCCCCCUGCCCUUCCCUUUCCACUUUUAUCGUUUUUCUCCCGGUGGGUUUCUAGGGGAAGCGUGUUCUUUUUUUUUUUUUUUAAAGCAAAGGUGUUCUCUAUUUUUUUUGACGCCUCCUUCAGUGGUAUUAAAUGAACCACUCCCGUUGGUUGGGAAUUGUUGGCGUGGCGAAGGGGCUGAUCCCAGGAGAACAGCACCUCGCCCGGCGAUCUCUUUUCCCCCGUCGAUCGUGCCGAGGCCCGGCCCAGCUUCCUCGGAGUUCGUUCCCAGCAUCUCGCAGUCCCCCGGGUGACGGGGGAGGCGCAGAAAGAAGCAACGCAGGCAGUCCUCAGAACCCCAGGGGGACAGGCAGCUUCCGAUCGCAGAGGCACAAAACGCCAUUCGGCUUCCCUCGAUCCCAGAGCCGGGCUUGGCACCUUGCAAGCCUUCGGCGGUGGCGGGGGGAAGGGAGGUCUUGCCAAUCUCCAAGUUGCCAGUCCUCAAGAGGAAAAGGGCGCGGAGGCCCAUGAGAUCAGCAAAGUACUUGCCGAUUCCCCACCGUGACCCAAUGAUACUGUUGCAUUUUACGUCUCGCCCGGCGAGGUUUUUCGUUUAUAAAA